AUGUGCUCCCUGCCUGUGCCCCGGGAGCCCCUGCGCCGCGUGGCUGUGACCGGGGGCACCCACGGCAAUGAGAUGUCUGGCGUCUACCUGGCCCGGCACUGGCUGCGGGCACCAGCAGAACUGCAGAGGCCUAGCUUCUCCACCAUGCCCGUGCUGGCCAACCCAGAGGCCACGGCCGCCUGCCGCCGAUAUGUGGGCCGUGAUCUCAACAGAACUUUCACCAGCUCCUUCCUCACCGCCAGGCCCACCCCAGAGGACCCAUAUGAGGUGACCAGGGCCCGCGAGCUGAACCAGCUGCUGGGGCCCAAGGCCUCUGGCCUGGCUUUCGACUUCGUCGUGGACCUGCAUAACACCACGGCCAACAUGGGGACCUGCCUCAUCGCGGACAGUGCUCACAACGUGUUUGCCAUGCAUCUGUGCCGCCACCUACAGCUGCAGAGCCCCGAGCUACCCUGCCCGGUAUUCCUCUACCAGCUGCCGGGGGAGGAGAGCUACAGCAUCGACUCUGUGGCCAAGAAUGGAAUGGCGCUGGAGCUGGGCCCCCAACCUCAGGGCGUGCUGCGGGCCGACCUUUUCCUCCGGAUGAAGUCCCUGGUGGGCAAAGCUUUGGAUUUCAUUGAGCUCUUCAACCAGGGCACAGCCUUCCCGGCCUUUGAGAUGGACGCAUACAGAACCGUGAGCCGCGUGGACUUUCCCCGCACCGAGGACGGGGACCUGGCGGGCACCGUGCACCCGGAGCUGCAGGACCGAGACUUCCAGCCCCUGCGGACUGGCGCGCCCAUGUUCCAGCUGUUCAGUGGCAAGACCGUGCUGUAUGAGGGGGAGGCCACCGUGUACCCCAUCUUCAUCAAUGAGGCCGCCUACUAUGAGAAGGGCAUUGCUCUCAUCCAGACCGAGAAGUUCACUUUCCCCGUGCCCGCCUUGCCCCCGCUGAGCCCAGACCCCUAG